UCAUACAGGCUUCUUAAGAAAAUUAAGAAGCCUGAGGAAAGAGCUGCAUGGUCUACACAACGCAGAGAGCAGCAGCACAACAAUCUCAAGUGUUGCUUUCUACAUUUGGAGAUCAGACUCUCAACAACUAGACACACAAACAAAUCGACCCCCCCCUCAAUUGUUCAUCAUGAACCAGACGAACACCAACUGCAGCCUCACCUCAGCAGAGUAUCAGUACUCCCUCCUCCCAGGGGUCUACAUUCUGGCGUUUGUCCUGGGUCUACCUGGAAAUCUGGCUGCUCUCUUCGUCUUCACCUUCAAGAUCACCCCUCGCACAGCCUUCAGCGUGUUCAUCAGCAACCUGGCCCUGGCGGACAUCCUCAUCCUCUGCACUCUGCCCUUCAGGAUCCACUACCACCUCCACAGAGACAACUGGGUGUUUGGGGACAUCGCCUGCCGCAUCACUGGGGUCCUGUUCUACUGCAACAACUACAUGAGCUUCUGUUUAAUGGCUUGUAUCUGUGUGGACCGCUACAUGGCCACGGUGCAUCCUCACGCCUACCAGAGGCAGCGGAGGCCCUGGCACUCUCUGGCCGUGUGCGUGGCGCUCUGGUGCGUCGCUGGAGUGGCGAUGCUGGUCUUCGUCCUCUUGGGGCCUAUGGAAACCAACGUCAACCAAUCUGGAGGCCGCAGUUGUUUCGAGAACUUAUCCAAGCACGAGUGGGACACACGUGCGGGGGUGUACAACCUGCUGGGCCUGAUCUUAUUCACCCUGGUGCCCACCGUGAUCAUGCUGGUGUGUUACCCGCUGGCUGUGAAGCGCAUCUCCAUGAUCAGGACUAACACAGCCCAAAGAGCCUUGAGGGUCAUUUACACCAUCCUGGCCAUCACGCUGCUCUGCUUCCUGCCCAACCACCUGGUGUAUCUGCUGCACAUCCUGCAAAGCAUGGAUGUCAUCAAGAGCUGCACCGCCGCCAACCGCAUCUUUGAAGCCAGGCGGGUCACCAUGGCCCUCGUCACCCUCAACACGUGCCUGGACCCCGUGCUGUACUAUGUCACCACCGGCCACUUCAAAUGGAGGCUCUUGAAGAUGACAUGGCUGUGUGCACGAGUGGAGAGGAGCAGAGAUGUUAGUACGAUUGCAGUGGACCGAGAAGCUGAACCUGUAGAUAUAUAACUGAAAUAUAACUCUGCUUUCCUUGUCUAUAUAUGAAACUGGAGACUUUUCUAUGAAAGUGUUUAUUAAAAUUGUCAUUUUAAAUCAAAAUAAAGGGAAGGAUCGAAAACAUG